AUUCUUCCUUUUAUCUUCGAGAUCGAAACACAACACAGAGAGGAGAAAAAAACUAGGGUUAGGGUUUUCAUUCUUAAUCACAAGAUCUCUCUCUGUUUUCUCCGAUUCAGAAAUGGCGAUGAGAAAUUUCUACAACGGAAUCAAAGGAUUGAAAGUGAAAGAAUUACCAGCACAUUUGAAACCAAUCUUUACAGUUGAUCAUGUUAAGAAAACAGUUAGCAAGGGGAUGGAUAAUUAUCAUCAGAAAUAUAUCUUAACUGGUUCCAUCGAUCCACUUCUUCAUGUUUGUUUUGGUGGUAUGGUGUUCUCCUACCUUGUUGCUCUCCCUGAAGAACGCCGUCAUCUUGCUCAUGCCAAAGAACAUGCUGCUGCUCACUGAUUUCCCUAGUUUCUUGGUCUUUUUCUCUUCGAUUCAGGUGGUUGAUUUGUUUCGGAGUACAAAGAAGGCCUUUCGCUUGGGGAUAUUCUGCUAAUUACUAGUUUUUUCUUCUUGGGCACCUGAUGGCAAAUAAGAUGUGUACUUCAAAACUCUGUACGAUUUCAAGGGCUGCAGAUUUGGAUGAGAAAAAAAUAACAUCCUGUUUUUUGUUUUUAUUUGUGUAGCUAAUACUACACCUCAUUGCUUUUCUUAAAUUGCUUUAUACUGCCUGUUGAGUUCCUGUUUGCACCACUUGUUAGAAAUUACUUCUGUUUGCUUUUACUUCAUACUUUUCUCAUCAUGAUCUUUUUAGUGUUA